AUGUCUCAAGAACCUGGGCUAUUUCAAGUAAAUGUUACUGUUAAACAUGCAAUCUUGAAUUCUCAAAAUGGUACGGGCAUUCGUACUUUUGUGGAGGUAUUUGUUGACUCCAAAUCGGCGUUCAAAACCGAUAUAUCUCCCAAAUCAUGGUCUCCCAGUUGGAAUUGCUCAGUUUCCGCCAUCGUUACUCCUUAUUCUUCUAUUCAAUUUAUUGUUACGCAUGUUGUGAAAUUUGGUCCCAAUUCUCAACUCGGAGAAUCCCAACUAGAUGUUUAUCCUAUUUUGAAAUUAUACGACGGCAAAGUCGCCUCUGUUGAUCACACUCUUUCUAUAAUCAAGAAGGAUGUGAGUCGUGGUUUCCUCGUUGUAAAUUUUGGUCCUCUAGAAGUUGAUCUUACAAUGUUUCCCCCUCCGCCUGUAUUCAGAGAUCAGGUCGUUGCUUUAGCAACGGGCUCCAUUGCUUCCUCUAAUACGGACGGCUUACCACUAUCUAGCUCACAGGAAUUAAAUUUGGCAAAUGACCAAGCCUCCACAUCUCAAUCCAUCGUAGAGACAGUUGGUCCUCGGCGAGGCAGAAAUCACCCUUCCAAUGCACCUUCUUCCUCCACAACGGCAGUUACUGUGGGUUCCAGUUUUUGGGCGGAACUCCUUCGAGCCCUUUUCGACCCCUCACCUCCUUUCACUCCCGAAACUACUCCUCGAAGGUGGGGUUCUGCUGCCCAGCCAAAUCUCCGUCUCCCACGAUCUGAUUGGACUGAUGCAGCUGUGGUGCACUCCAAUAGGCUCAAUGCUCCUAAAUUCUCAGAAGAUUCGCCGUUGCCUGAUGGAUGGGAGCGUCGAGUAGAUCCAGAAAGCGGUCGCAAGUACUUUGUCAAUCACAAGAACUGCACAACUCAAUGGGAGGAUCCACGGGAAAGAGGCAUGGAUGAAAGUCGUCCUCUGCCACCCGGCUGGGAGAAACGAUAUACAGCAGCCGGUCAACGUUUCUUCAUUGAUCACAACAGUCGAACUACCACCUUCAUUGAUCCUCGAACUGGCCAACAUGCUGGGUCCUUGGGUACACUGGGAGUUCCCGUGCAAUAUGAACGAAAUUUUCGAGCAAAGCUGGCCUAUUUCCGUGCUCAAUGCACCAAUCAUCUUCUCAAUGGUCAUGCCAAACUUACCAUCUCACGGGAUGGUCUCCUUGAAGAGUCAUUCCAACAGAUUCAACGAUUACCGGUUUCGGAUCUGCGCAAGAGAUUGUGUAUAACAUUCCUGGGUGAAGAGGGUUUGGAUUACGGUGGGAUUGCCAGAGAAUGGUUUCUACGUGUUUCCCGAGAUUUCUUCAACCCCAUGUUUGGACUGUUUGAAUAUACCGGCGCCCAUUAUUCCCUUCAGAUCAAUCCCGCUUCUGAUGUUGCUAAUGUAGCUCAUUUAGAGUACUUCCACUUUAUCGGACGCGUCAUUGGCAUGGCCCUAUUCCAUGGUCGCUGUAUAGAUGGUGGCUUCACUCUGGCCUUUUACAAAUUGAUACUUGGACGAAAGGCGUGUUUGCAGGAUCUUGAGCUGGUGGAUCACGACUUCUACCAGUCUCUUACAUUUAUCAGGCAUGUAAUUUCUGAUCAAGCUUUCAUGCGCUUUCACGGCAUUGAAACGGACAAUGACGUGGAUGCAUCAGACUUAGAGUUAUACUUCAGUGGCAACUACCGUAAGUUUGAUUCCCUGCAGGAAGAUGAAUUGAAGCCCGGAGGCAAGGAUAUCAAAGUCACCGAGGCAAACAAAAUGGAAUAUCUGAAGUUGAUGGUCGAGUGGCGUCUGAAUCGUGGUGUUACGGAGCAGACAGAAGCCUUCCUAAAGGGUCUCUUCGAAGUUGUUGAACCCUCCUGGCUGCAAGUGUUUGACGAAAGAGAACUUGAGUUACUACUGUCGGGAAUGCCCGAAUUGGAUGUGGAAGACUGGCGAGCAAACACCGUCUAUCGAAAGUACAGUCCUUCCUCUAAGCAAGUUGUCUGGUUCUGGCAGUUUGUUAGAAGCCUGGACAAAGAGAAACGAGCUCGCCUGUUGCAGUUCAUAACUGGAACUUGCCAUCUUCCUUUGGGAGGCUUCGGUGAACUCAUGGGGAGCAACGGACGACAGUUAUUCUGCAUCGAGCGAACCGGGACGGAAGCAUGGCUGCCAAGAAGUCACACCUGCUUUAAUCGACUCGAUUUGCCUCCGUACACUUCCUUUGAACAGCUUCGUGAGAAACUUCUUCUUGCCAUUGAAGAGACCGAGGGCUUUGGUCAGGAAUGA